UACAACAACACAGCCAUCAGUACUCCAAACCUGGACGCCUUGGCCCAACGUAGCUUGAUCUUCCGGAAUGCCUUCACCUCUGUCAGCAGCUGUUCUCCCAGCCGAGCCAGCCUCCUGACAGGCCUGCCCCAGCACCAGAAUGGGAUGUAUGGGCUACAUCAGGAUGUACAUCACUUCAACUCCUUUGACAGUGUUCGUAGCCUUCCUCUACUGCUCAGCAAGGCAGGGAUCCGGACAGGUGGGGAGGAAUAUCACCCGGAUCAAGCUCCUCGUUCGGAAAUUUCUCCGCAGCCAAGAUGAGAAGCCUUUUUUCCUCUAUGUUGCUUUCCAUGAUCCUCAUCGCUGUGGCCACUCUCAACCCCAGUAUGGAGCCUUUUGUGAAAAAUUUGGCAAUGGAGAGACUGGAAUGGGCCGGAUCCCAGACUGGAAACCCCAGCAUUACAGCCCAGAUCAAGUGCAGGUCCCAUAUUUUGUGCAGGAUACACCAGCUGCUCGUUCAGAUUUGGCUGCUCAGUACACAACCAUCGGGCGCAUGGAUCAAGGCAUUGGCCUUGUCCUGGAGGAGCUACACAAUGCUGGCUUCAGCAACAAUACACUUGUGGUCUACACGUCAGACAAUGGUAUCCCCUUCCCCAGUGGAAGAACCAACCUGUAUUGGUCAGGCACAGCUGAACCCCUCCUCAUCUCUUCCCCUGAGCACCCUUCACGCUGGGGACAGGUCAGCAAUGCCUACGCCAGCCUUCUGGAUAUCACCCCUACCGUUUUGGAUUGGUUCUCCGUGCCAUAUCCCAGCUACAGCCUCUUUGGGAAGCAGAGGGUGCAACUCAUGGGGAAGUCCCUGCUGCCAGCCCUGUGGUCAGAGCCACCGUGGGCGACUGCCUUUGCAAGCCAGAGCCUGCACGAGGUGACCAUGCACUAUCCCAUGCGAGCUGUGCAGCGUGGCCCCCUGCGCCUCAUCCACAACCUGCAGAACCGCAUGUCCUUCCCCAUUGAUCAAGAUUUCUAUGUUUCACCCACAUUCCAAGACCUGCUGAAUAGGACUCAGGUAGGGCAGCCCACCCACUGGAACAAGACGUUGCAUGGCUACUAUUACCGAAAACGCUGGGAACUGUACGAUCUCAGCAUGGAUCCCACCGAGAGCCAGAACUUGGCUUCUAAUCCUCGCUAUGCUCAGGCUCUCCAGGAGCUGCAAGGGCUACUGCUGAAGUGGCAGUGGGAAACAGAUGACCCCUGGGUGUGCGUGCCUGAUGGGGUCCUGGAGGAUAAGCCCAGCCCCCAGUGUCGGCCUCUCCACAACGAACUGUGAUUUUAGUUCCUUAUCUCUUGCGGUUGCUAUUGCUUCCUCAUGCGAAACAGAGGCAAAAGGAAAACA